CUUCCUCCUCGCCCCAGCAAACACACGACUGCCUUUUCCUUUCGCAACACACACCCCACGAGCGCAGGCGCGGGCGCGGGCGCCGCAGCCUCCGAUCCGGCGGCAUCGAUCUCCGCACUGCUCGCGCCCGCCCCCGCCCCCGCCCCCGCCACCGCCUUCCAUCCAUGAGGGUGUUGCUGUCGCGCCGGCGCGGCGCCGCCGGCCGCGUGCUGUGCAUCAAGAAGAAGGCCCGCGGAUUCAUGUGCGGCUGCGGCGGCACCAAGGCCAUCUCCAUCUCCGACGGCUCGUCCGACAAGCAGUCACCAAUGGCCACGCCGCAGACCGCCGCGUCCACCACUCCCCUUACCGCCAUGUCCACCACCACCACCAGGUCGACGAGAAGACGAGGAGGGAACAGGCCGCCGCCGCCGGCGGCGGCGGCGACGUCAAACACGGAGGCUCCCUCCUCGUUCUCAUCCUCGUCUUUGUACGCGGACACCACCACCGACGACGGCGGGCCCAGCAGCAUGGAGAGCACGCCCAGCCUGUCGGCGCUCCUGCGCCAGCUCGGCGAGCUGGAGCGCAGCGUCCGCUUCCUGCACACCGCGGGACCCACCGGCAACGGAGCGGAGGCCGGCGCCGGCGCCGGCGUCACUGAUGGCAACAAGCAGCAGAACGGCGGCGGCGGCGGGCGGCGGCACCGUCGGACCGUGAGCGAGGGCUGCGGCGGCGGGUCAGGGCGUGUGGAGGAGAGCGUGGCGGUGGUGAAGGAGUCGGCGGACCCGCUGGGCGACUUCCGGCGGUCCAUGCUGCAGAUGAUCGUGGAGAAUGAGAUCGUGGGCGGGGCCGAGCUCCGGGAGCUGCUGCACCGGUUCCUGUCCCUCAACUCGCCGCACCACCACCACCUCAUCCUCCGCGCCUUCGCCGAGAUCUGGGAGGAGGUCUUCGCCGGGUACGACCGCACGCCGGACCUGCUCGUCUCCCACCGCAACAAGAAGCAGCAGCAUCACCUGCCAACGACGCGUGGUGCUUGAUUCGUCGUCUGGUCAUCCCAUCCGUGGAUUUCUUGUUCGUGCCUGGACGGACGAGACUGCAAGGUUUUCGGUAGUUUUUUUUUUUUUUUGUCCGUUGAUUUCUUGACGCAUUGGUAUCAUCAUCAAGCGUGCUGUGUACAAACGAUUCAACUGGAGAGACUGCAAGGUUUUCAGUGGGGUUUUUGUCGAUUUCUUGACGAA